CGUGGGGUCCCGUGACGUCAUCUCCGGGCGCCCUGGGUAACCGGACUCGGGGUGGGCUUCCAGGGCUCCGCGGCGCUGCCGGUGGUAUUUGCGGGAUCGCGGAGGGCGGAAGUGCAGCAGGGGCUCGGCUCCGACCACCUCGCCGGUACUUUCUGCGGCUGCGCGGCCUCUGGGGACUCCGGGCUCGCGCGUCUCUGCGGGACUGUGUGUCAAGUAACCCUGCGCCGCCGGCGGGCCGGAGCCGGGGACCGAUCGUCUUCGCCGGUGCGGAAAACCGGGAAGGAGGAGCCGGCGCUUCUGAGAAGGAGAGGGAUAGAGAGAAACGUCAAUGCAAGAGAAACAUCAAUCAGCUGUCUCGUGCAUGCCCCUUACUGCGGAUCGAGCAUGCAACCAAGUUUAGCUUUGGUUGAAAAAAGAAUUUAGCCUAUAUGUACUGCUUUAACCACUGGAAGAAUGACAGAUGACAAAGAUGUGCUUCGAGAUGUGUGGUUUGGUCGAAUUCCAACUUGCUUCACCCUGUAUCAGGAUGAAAUAACUGAACGGGAAGCAGAACCAUAUUAUUUACUUUUGCCAAGAGUAAGUUAUUUGACGUUGGUAACUGACAAAGUGAAAAAGCACUUUCAGAAGGUUAUGAGACAAGAAGACAUUAGUGAGAUAUGGUUUGAACAUGAAGGCACGCCACUGAAAUGGCAUUAUCCAAUUGGUUUGCUAUUUGAUCUUCUUGCAUCAAGUUCAGCUCUUCCUUGGAACAUCACAGUACAUUUUAAGGGUUUUCCAGAAAAGGACCUUUUGCACUGUCCAUCUAAGGACACAAUUGAAGCUCAUUUUAUGUCUUGUGUGAAAGAAGCUGAUGCAUUAAAGCACAAAAGCCAAGUAAUCAAUGAAAUGCAGAAAAAAGAUCACAAGCAGCUCUGGAUGGGAUUACAUAAUGACAGAUUUGACCAGUUUUGGGCCAUCAAUCGGAAACUCAUGGAAUAUCCUGCAGAAGAAAGUGGAUUUCGUUACAUCCCUUUUAGAAUAUAUCAGACAACGACUGAACGACCUUUCAUUCAGAAGCUUUUUCGUCCUGUGGCUACUGAUGGACAAUUGCAUACUUUAGGAGAUCUCCUCAAAGAAGUCUGUCCUUCUGCGAUUGCUCCUGAAGAUGGGGAAAGAAAGAAUCAAGUGAUGAUUCAUGGAAUUGAGCCAAUGUUGGAAACACCUCUACAGUGGCUGAGUGAACAUCUGAGCUACCCGGAUAAUUUUCUCCAUAUUAGUAUCAUCCCACAACCCACAGAUUGAAGGAUCAGCAAUGACAGGAUUUACCAGAGCAUGUUACCCUUCUGCUUCAGUCAGGUUUGGUGGAGGCAGCCUGACCAGAAACCCUGCUGCAAGCCAAACAGGAAAAAGAUUCCAUGUCUGAUAAGGGCACUGGGGCUGGUCUUGCUUUGCAUCACCACUGCUUUCCUCCACUGCCGUCAUUAAACCUCAGCUGCGACAGGAAAGACUACAGGAUCACUGCAAGUCUUCUGUUUUCUUGUAAAAUAUAAUGAAGCUGAAACCUUUGGCCUAAGAAGAAAAUGGAAAUAUGUGCCACUCAAUUUGUAUUUCUGAUUAACAAAUAAACAGGGGUAUUUCCUAAGGUGACCAUGGUUGAACUUUAGCUCAAGGGAGUGGAAACAUUGGUUUAAUUUUCAAGAGAAUUAGACUUAAGAAAGUAAAAGAGAAAUUCUGUUAUCAAUAACUUGCAGCAGUUUUUUGUAAAAGAUCAAAUUACAGUAAACCCAUCUUUCCUUAAUGAAAAUUUCCUGUUUACAGUCCGUCUAUUGGUAUGCAAACAAUCUUGUAACUUUGAUAAUGAACAGUGAGAGAUUUUUAAAUAAAGCUUCAAAAUAUGUUUUGUCAUUUAAUAACAUACAAUUUUGUCACUUUUCCAGUACUUUCUGACUGACAUACUAGGUCACUGUUUUCACUCUUACGCGUUACCAUUCAGACUGGCCAUCACAGCCUGGAAUGAAUGUAGGGCAUAGGAUAUAACCUGUCUCAGGAGCUGUCAUCGGUGUUCUGGCUGCUGAUUUUUAAAUCUGUAUCCUUCAGGUGGUAAAGAUAUAAAUAAUGUUAUCAUUUAUCUCUGCUGUUUUACCACUGUAAACCUGUCAGAUCCUAGUAUACUAAGCAUCUGUACAGGAUAAUUUUGCAUUUUUGGGAAAACGAUUCGUUUCUAAGUUAGUGUUUUUCAUUGGCUUCAGGUCUAAUAUUUCACUGUGGUCUCUGGCAGCCAGUCUUUGAAGUCUAAAGAUUACUGAUCUCCUGACCGCAGUAGCUUUUUCUUAAUGUUACCAAAAAUAUCCAGAGGUUACUGGAUUCUUACUCGAUAUAAGGGAAAUUUUGCUGCACUUAAUCACCACGCUGCUAAAAUUCUACCAGCUGGAAGUAUUUGUGCAUUACACUUUGUCUCUUGUAAGCUGUCCAUAUUGAAUGUCGGCCCAUUUGGUUUUGCUAAAAGACCUAUACCUAGUAUCAUACAAUAAUGGUUUUAGAUUGCACAAUAAAAAUGAAUGUUUUUCUUAUAAAAGCUAUAUAUAUUGAAGUGAGAUCUCACUGGUGCUCACUGCUUCUUUUUCCCUUCUGUGAUUUUCACUGAUUAAUAGCAGACUUAUUCACAAAAUGAGAUAAACUUAGUCAAAGAUCAAAUAUUCUGGAAUAGAAGAGAUAAGGCUCAAAUAGAAAUGAGAUCAGAGAAGAAUUAAAGCAAGUAGCAAAUAACUGGCUAACGUCCAUAAAAUGAAAAGUGCCAUUUUAAUACAGGCGGAAAAAAUAGCAAUAUUUGAGUUAUUUAAGGAUUAAAAAAAACCCACUGACUUGUAUUUUUUUGAAAGAGGUUGAUCUGAAUAUGAUUGUUCACAUUAAAAGUGUUUAUUCGUCUGUUCAGUUUGGGGAUUUUCCCCCUUGAUGUUUUGACAGACUGAAGUGAGCAUCAAUGGGCAAAAGGAUCAAAAUGCCAGGGAGUGCUGAGCUGUGAAGAAGCAAGUGCGGUAAGACAUACUUUUCCACAGACAAGACCCGGGCAAGUCUCUGCUGUGGGCUCAUGUGAGUUACUAAUGCUCUUUACUUCCAGAUUGGAAAGCAAAUUUUAUCAAGCCAUCGCCCAUUUUCACUUACUCAUUCUAAUGAGUUACACCAGCAUCAUAACGGUAUUACUCUAGUCCUAGGUAAGUCAAGCCUCCGAUACCAAGAGAGAGAAUAGAAACACAAGUUAGUGCUGGCUUAAAUAUCUAUUUUUUGUUUCUCUUUUUUAAU